UGCAGGUGAUAGUCGGCAGUCGGCACCCCCGCGUUGUUAUCUUCACCUACCAAAUUUCUGUUUUUAACUCACUUAGGAAACUUUGCAUCUAUGAUUUAAAAGGUCAAAAUCUUUCAUAUGUGAUUCCUCAACGUUCAUUUCUUAUUUCAAAUUGAUUAGUUCGAUUGUUUCGUCUUAAAAUGAAAAACAAGGGUGGAAACAGCUCAUCUACACCGCCUCAAAAGAAGCUGAAGCAAGGAACGGUACUGUCCUUCUUUGAGGCAGCGAAAAUUAGAAACGAGAAUGCAAGAAAGAGGAAAUUGAGUGAGCCGCAUGAUGACGAAGUGACAGUCCUAAAAGUGCGUUGCGAUGAGGGAAACGUGGAGCCUCCAAAGGUUGAAGAUGAAAAGACGGUCGUUCCGGAAAAGGAGCAAACAAAAGCAGUCGUAAGCAGUGUCAACGAGAGUUCUGAGGUGACAGAAGCAGUCAAUGAUGCACCUGAAGACAAUAUGUUGGAAGAAAAAUCAUCCCCUUCCAAAACUGAAAGCGAAAGUGAGGAGGAAGAGGAGAAUGGGUCUGCAAACGCUAGCUUUACGUCGACUGGACUAAACAGCAGUUUAUUGAUGGAUGUCGAUGACAAGUCAAUCACCUCAAUUAGUGAUAUUCCCAUCACUCCCAUGAAGUCGACUCCCAAAGUUAGGAAACUCACCCCAAAGCAGUUGGAAAAGCAGCUUGAGAACCAGAAGCGCAAGGAGAAAGAAAGGGAGGAGAAGGAGCUGAAGAAGCAGCAGGAAAAGGAGAUGAAGCAGAAAUUGAAGGAGGAAAGAGAAGCUCAGAAAAAUCUUGAAAGAUUGGAGAGGCAGAAAAAGAAACAGGCUGAAAUAGAUCAAAAGCUUGAGGAGAAAAAGGCCAAAGAGGAGGAAAAACGGAAACAAGAGGAGAAGAAGCUGGAGGAGAAAAAGAAAAAGGAGGAGGAAAAAGUGAAGGAAAAGCAGAAACGAGAGGAAGAAAGGUUGCUGAAAAAGGAAAAGAAAGAGGAGGAGAGGAAGAAAGCUGAAGAGGAGGAAAAGAAGAAGAUGGAGAAGUCAGCAGCUGCGUUUGCUAGUUUCUUUAAAAAGGUUCCUGCAACAACUGAGCAGUGCAAACCAGUGGAGGAGAAAGCAAAUCUUCUAAACAAUUUUAUGCCUUUCACUCUGAAAAAGGGCAUGAAGCUGGCUCCAGUUGUUCGACACUCGCUUGAUGAUAAGGCCAGAACCAAUUUAGAGAAUUCCUUUGAACAUCAAUGUGAUGAAAAACAGCUGUACCUGCAACAGCUCAAAACCAAGGACUUCAUUCCCAAGAAAAGUGGCAAAACAUUCCCAGCUAGUGAAAACAUAGUUGAUGACGAUGUCAUUGUGAUUGAAAAAGAAGACAUAGAGGAAGAAGUUGAGAAGGUUGGAGAGCUGUUGGUUACAAACAAUGCGCCUGAAAAGAACAUAAAACCAGCAAGAGUCAAGCUCCUUCAAUUUGUCGAGAACCGAAGACCAGCAUACUGGGGAACUUGGUCAAAGAAAAGCACUUGCGUCACCCCAAAGAAACCUUUCGCGCAAGAUAAGAUUUUUGACUAUGAAGUUGACUCUGAUGAAGAAUGGGAAGAAGAGGAGCCUGGCGAGUCUCUUCACGGCUCUGACGAUGACAAGGAAUCCGAGGAUGAAGAGUAUGAAGUUGACAAUGACGUUUUUGUACCUCACGGCUAUUUGAGUGACGAAGAAAGGGGAAAUAGUGAAGAUGAAGCACUGCCUGCUGAGGAGCAGAAGGAGAGGCUCAAGCAGAUGGAUAUUCAAUUUAAAGAAGACAUGAAAAAGAAAGUGAAGCACCUUCUUCCCAGAAUGGUCACCUGCUUCAAUCCAAAUGACCCAAGCAAAAAAGAUGAUCCAGUGCACAACCAAGUUCUGCAUCUUCUGAACCAGUUCGCUGCAGUGGUUGUCGCUCACAAAAUUCCCACAUCCUACAACACGGAUAAAGUAGAGAGUGAUAAUUUGGACGACGAACUGGGCAGUGAGCUUGAUGAUACACUGAAGACUGAAUGUUCAGCCAAGAAAAACAAACGAAACAAGAUGAAACUGCCUGAUGAAGCCGUUCCAGAUUUCAUCCGACUUCUGCACGGCAACACCAAAAACCGGCACUACCUUGUCAAGGAAUUCAUCACUUACUGGGACAAAAAGCUGCACCCAGAUAUUGACGUGGAGGCACAAAUUACUGACGACCGCGUCCGCAUUUCCAUCGGGAACGCGAGCAAGAAGAUGAAAGAGCUCGCGACCUGGCAGGCGUGUCCAGAAGAAGGUGCGUUCCAGGGACGCAUGUGUUGGUGGGUGUUGCAGGAGGAGCGGGACAAGCACAACCUCACUGAUUUGCCUUUGCCAAAUAACUGGGUUUACAAUUUAAAACCGGCUGCCAGAAGGUCAAAGCUGCAAAAGCCAGAGGUGAAAAAGCAGGUUGUUCCAGUUGAAGAUCGUGCUGCGUCUUCGCCCGAGCCAGCGGCCACGGAAAUGCCGCCAAAGAGCGUCCAAGGAACUCUAAUCACCAAAUUCACCAAGGUCCUUACCCCUGACGAGCGGCAGAAGCAAAUCGCGGCUGAAAUGCUGAAGGUCAAGGAAAAUAAGGAGAAGAUGGCCGCCAAGAAGGAAGCCACUUCUCCAUUCAGUCCUUCGUCAGCCUUUUUCGCCAAAACUGCAGAACUAAACAAACCCUCCACUUCUAGCAACUCUGCUAAUCCUGCUGGCGGCGAGCCGAAGAAAGGACGCCGCGUGUCCCUGCUCUUCUCAGUGCCAAGGGGGCAAGCUAUUCCCUCUCAAAGGCCUGCCUCGGCUUUUAAUCCUGUGCCUGUUGUUCUGGCCAAGAAAGAUGAUCAGGAUGUUAUUAAUCUUGAUUAAAUUUAAACAUGCUCACCUCAAUGCAUCUGUGAAACUCGUAGCUUGUACAUUUUAUUCAUCACUAUAGCAGGUAAAGAAGAAGUACUAAUAUUGCAAUUUUUCCUGUUUUCCGAGGAAAACAUCAUAGUGAAGAUUUGUCUUUUUGACUUCACUUGUGAAUAACUGUACCACUACAUUUUCUUACAUCUUUGCUGUACAAACGUGAAAGACCGACAAUUUUCAAAUGUCCUUUGUCCAGUAAAUAAGUUCGAUAUAUACA